CCCGCCCCUCCCGAGUGUCCCCUUCUGGAGUCCAGCGUUGGGGUGAAGGAUCCACGCAAACAUGAACGCGCCGGGAUUUCUCUUUGGGCUGGUGCUGCCAUUAAUCUUGCGGGCCGAAAUCAGUGCAGGUGCUGGUUUUCGCUUUGCAUCAUACAUCAGUAACUACAUGGUGCUGCAGAAGGAGCCUGCAGGGGCAGUGAUUUGGGGUUAUGGCAUGCCUGGAGCCAUGGUGAAAGUGACCCUGGGCCAGGAUCAAGAAGCCAUCAUGAGCAAAGUGACCAGAGUAAAUGCAUACUCAAGUGCCUGGAUGGUGGUAUUAGAUCCUAUGAAGCCUGGUGGACCUUUUGAAUUGAUAGCACAACAGAGUUUUGGCUGGAAAAACUCCACCCUGAAAGUUCAUGAUGUCUUAUUUGGAGAUGUCUGGCUUUGCAGUGGGCAAAGUAACAUGGAGAUGACAGUUUCACAGAUAUUUAAUGCUACACAGGAGCUGUCUGACACUGCUGCCUACCAGUCUGUCCGCAUCUUCUCCGUAUCUCUCCUUCAGGCAGCGGAGGAGCUGGAGGAUCUGUCUAUGGUGGACUUGGACUGGUCUAAGCCCACCUCGAAGAACUUGGGCCAUGGAAAUUUCGAGUACAUGUCAGCAGUGUGCUGGCUCUUUGGGCGUUACCUGUAUGACACUCUGCAGUAUCCCAUUGGGCUGAUUGCCUCCUCCUGGGGUGGGACACCCAUUGAAGCAUGGUCAUCUGAAAGGACACUGAAAACCUGUGGGAUCUCUGGGAAAAGGUCCACUUCAUCUAGUUCUGUACGUGGUCCCCAUACUUCCUCUGUCCUCUGGAAUGCCAUGAUCCAUCCACUGCAUAAUAUGACUCUGAAAGGGGUGAUCUGGUACCAGGGGGAGGCCAAUAUGGGUUUUCACAGGGACCUGUACAAUUGCCUGUUCCCCGAACUCAUUGACGACUGGCGCCUGACUUUCCAUCAAGGCUCCCAGGGACAGACAGCGCGUUACUUCCCUUUUGGGUUUGUCCAGUUAUCUUCGUACUUGCGUGGUGCAACCCCAGAUGAUCAGUGUCCUGAGAUCCGCUGGCAUCAAACAGCUGACUUUGGUUAUGUCCCCAACCAGAGGAUGCCCAACACCUUCAUGGCUGUAGCUAUGGAUCUGGGUGACAGAAACUCGCCUUUUGACAGCAUCCACCCUCGAGAUAAACAGACUGUGGCCUAUAGGCUGCACUUGGGGGCACGCGCUGUGGCUUAUGGUGAGAAACUGAUGUUUCAAGGACCAAUGCCUGAGGACAUAGAACUCUUGGCUGACAAGGGGCUGCUCAACCUGACAUAUUCUCAGCAAAUCCAGGUGAAGAGGAAGGACGAGAAGAUAUUUACGAUCUCAUGCUGUGAUGACCAUCAAUGCAAGUGGCUACCGGCUCCCAUGGACACUUUCUCCACUCAAACCCUGACCUUGAACGUCAGGUCUUGUCACGGUACUCUGGCUGCUCUUCGCUAUGCCUGGACCACGUGGCCUUGUGAAUAUAAACAGUGUCCCCUGUACCAUCCCACCAGUACCCUGCCGGCUCCUCCCUUCUUUGCUCCCCUUGCGAAGCAGAUUCCUGAAGAACAUGAAAGGUUCCUAAAAAUUUAGUUGCAGAGUAUCUCAGACAUAGUGGGGAUCCUUCAUAUUUGGGCAUUUAGGAAUUUAAAUGAUGAAAACUUCUGUUUUUAAAGGAAAUGAAAGAAAGGUCUCUUUGGACAACUGGCUUACAAAUUGUUAUUUCUGUAUUCUGAGAUGAGUCAGGGCUGGCAGGUAAGUGCAGUGCUGGCAUUUUGUCCCCUCAUUAGGCCAGGACUGGGCUAAUUAUGAAUUGCAAAUUAAUUGAAGCUAAAUGGCGUUCAUUUCCGUCAUUAUUGGGAGUGCAAUGUCUGAUACUUUUGUUCCCUUACAUCCAGAAUUGUGGAAACUCAGAGUUGGAAGAGAUUUUAAGGCCAAAAAGGCCAACUAGUAUUUAUGUGUACUUUAUAAAAUCUGCCAGUUAAGUUUCCAUUCUUAACAUCCCAAGUUCUUCCUAUGGUGGAAUCAUAUCCUUCUGUUACACUGCAGUCUUUUGUUUGUGCUGUUGUGCUCUAAACCAGACAAUUCCAUUCCUCUAAUUUAAAUAAUAAUGGGAAAGUUUAAACCAGGAGCACAUUACAGGCAUUUUGGAAGGUGCAAAGAGACUGCAUGACUGGGUGAAGAGAAAGGGUGAGGGGCUGGUGGCUGGUGAAGACACCCAGGCUAGCAGUGACAGGAGUAUGUGAGUCACAGGCUUAGAAAACCAUGACAAUAGAGGGCACUGAGAAGCAAACAGGUCCUUAGAGUUUAUGAUAAAUCUCAGGCUCUUUCAAGUUAAGAGGUUUAAAGGAUAAUCCAGAAGGAAGAAAAGAGUGGGGCAGAGCUCAGAAAAUUAAUCUGGAUGGGACAAAUGUGAAAGGGAUUCUGUCUACUAAGAAUCAUCAUGUGGCUUAUUGAUUGAUUAGAAAUGGCUAGUGGCACUUAAUAAUUGUGUGUUGUCUAUUUGAAGCUGGAAAUCCUUAGUGACGUGUAUACAUUUAUAUCUGGUCAAAACUGGGUUAGGAAUGGGGCUUGCAAACUGUGCUUUGAAGCAUGAGAAAGAAGUAAGACUUAUCUAUAGGUAGCUUCCCUUCCUUUACUGUGGAUAAGAGAGUAAAAUAGGAAGGCAUCAUUCUCCACAUUUGUCUGCCACCCGUCCUGGUGUAGCUCCAAACAGCAGGAAGAACUGUCAUUGCCAGAAUUUUAUUUAGUAAAAAGUUAAAACAACUGUGCUGGCUGCAAGGAACUUUGGCUCCUCUCCUACUUGGACUGCUGAUAUGCCUGGUCUAAUGGGAUCAUGAAUUCAGUAAGAGACUCCUGUGCAUCCCCCUGAACCCGAUACACAUAAACCCAUAUUGCGUGUUCCCUUUUACCCCAGGAAGCUAGUGGGCAGUGUGAAAAACUAAGUUUAAAGUAGUGGACACAUAGAUCAAAAGCCACGUGACAUUUAUUUUUUUAAGUGAAACUUUUUUUUUUUAAAGAUUUAUUUAUUUAUUGAUACAAGCACUGGGUACAGUCAGAAACGCAGGAGGGUGAGAGAAUUCACCAGAGCCAGAGCGGGGAGUAGAGCAGGCAGAAGGACCGAAGUACACUGCUGAGGGGAGCAGCGGGCGGCAGGAGAGGUCUGUUGCGCCAUGUGGGACCCUCCCCCGGUGGCCGGGGAGCAGCCGGGGAUCGAACCGGUACUGCAGAGGCAGCAGGCAGCUUGCAACCCAGCGCUCAACCACUGCACCACCGGGGAGGCCCACGUGACAUUUAUUUUUAAUGACUGAAUACAACAUUCUAUGGGAAUUCAGUUUAUUUCCCAAAUGAAUAUAACUUUUUACUGUUGGAAAAAUGAAAUUUAUUUCGUCAAAGACUUGGACACUUAACAAACAAAAAUAUAAGAAGUAGAAAUCAGCUCCAAAUUGAUCAUUUAGAGAAAAACAAUUAUUUUGGGAACAUAUACUUGGUUUGUAUUCAUGGCAAUUUUGUAACCUGUGUCUUUUGACUUAUUCUAGAAAAGUACUUUUCCUUAUGAAAAUUGAAGAUAAAUUCAUGGUUGGUUUGUGGGAACCCCAUAACUUUAGUUAACUUGUCAUCAGUGGAUGUUUUUCUCCCAAUUUUUUACUGUUAAAUAAAUCAAUAUGGUAUUAACUCUUACGUGCAAACAUCCCAUCAUACUUAUUACCUUGGAGCCCUUAAUGUGGAAUAACAAGCUUAAGGAUGUUUAAAAUUUUCAUCCCUGUAUCAUAACCCUCCCAAAGGGUUAAACAGUUUACAUUCCCACCAAGGUACAGUCCCAAUUUUUCUCUCCACAUUGAAACUGGAUGUUGUCAAAAAAAAAAAAAUAAAAUCCAAAGAUGAAAACAUCUUUUAAGUAUAUGGAACAGUGUUUUUCAGGACAAUGAUCCAUAGUAAAAAUAAUUAUCCCACGUAUCCUCAUACGUGUGCAUUUGUGACACACACACACAUGCAUAUAUACACACAUUACAUUUAAAACCAAAAUGUCAACCUUUUGACAUGUCAUGCAUUCCAAUGUAUUCUAAUUGUUUUCAUUUUAAAAGAUGUAGGUCUUUAUUUCCUGUUUAAUAACCAAUGGGUUGAGAGCUAUAGUUUGAAACACACUGUAUGAAAGCUACAAAGUAAAUACUCUUCUUAAAGAAAACAGUCCACUUAUUAAAAAAAUUCAAAUGUCUUAAAAUAAAGCUCUCUUCUAUUAUGUUUUAAUCAGGCUAUAAUAGAAUACUUGCUAUAUGAUAAAAGCAGCACGUAUCAUUUCCGUGUUAAGUGCAAAUAUGUUCAGGCAAUUUAUGCAGAGGAAAAAAAAGGCAAAAAUAACCCAUUAAAA